UAUUCUGAAACACAUGUUAGGAACAGGAUAUCCGAUGUUUAAUGAGCAAAUUAUGUACAAUUAUAUUUUAGUAAAUAUUGGGAAAGAUGCAUCAGAGAGGACGCUUAUUUUUCCCAUGUGGUUAGAUGAAUCAUGGAAUGAGACGCCGUACUUUGAAAUAGAGUAUGUGAUACAGGCUCUCAGCUCAUUCCAGGCUGGCAUUAGUUUCCUCUGUUUCGACAAUAUCUUCUGCAUCAUGUGUCUGCACGCAGCUGGUCAAUUUCGCAUAUUACAGUACAGGAUGACCAAUAUUCACGAAGUGCAAAAUGCACCUGAAGAUAAUAAAAAUGUAAAUAAAAACGUGUUGUAUUUAUCGGAGAUUUGUUUAGGCGCGUUUAGAGAUUGCAUUCGGCAACAUCAAGCCCUCAUUGAUUUCUGCAAAUUGAUCGAUGAAGUGUUCAGAGAGAUUAUGCUUAUGCAAGUGUUAAUUUUUAGCAUGUUAAUGUGUUUGACUGGAUAUCAAACAUUUUUGGUUAGUAUACAUCCUGAAAACCUUUUAUGUUGCAGUAGCAUGACUCAUGCAAGUGUAAGCGUUACUUCAGCAGUGUAUGCAUCCCCAUGGACGGAUCUGUCCAUGGAUAAAUUUGGAAAAAUGAUACGAAAAGAUGUGCAGUUUGUCAUUAUGAGAUCGUCACGAGCUUGUCACAUCAAUGCUUGGCGAUUUUUUCCUAUUUCCCUUGAAACAUUUACUAAGAUAAUGAGCACCGCAAUGUCCUAUUUCACGAUAUUGAGACAAAAUACAUUGGAUACAGCAAAUACAUAA